AUGACCAAUAGUCGUGCGGUCCUUAUCGUUUUUCUUGUCAUCUUAGCGCUCCUGGGGGUGUGCUCGGGGCCAGCGAGUGCCACCUCGACGUUGCCGCUCGUGGAGCCCGUUUCCUUGACGCCGACGUUACUCGUGAGUUCGUUGCCGCAGCCGAGCCCGACACCAUCAAACUGGCCACGAGACGAUGAGCUGCUUUUGGUACGGUUAAAUGUGAGCGCAUCUUCCGGCAGCGUGAACGAGAACGAUAUGUUAAGGCUGGAAACCGGCCUGCAGCAGUUCAUUCUGGGGCACUAUCCGUCGGUGCACCACGCGCCGCCCGUGACGCUCACGAACUAUGAGCCUCGGGUUCGGAUUGCAGUAUUUAUGAUUCAGGUACCUACACGAAUCGCGAGCUCCGUCCGCAUAGCGCUGACGGACUGGAUUGACAGUGGUGCGCUGUCGCGAGCGGCGGCGGUGAACGUUACGCUCGUCGACGAGAACAUUCCAGUGUAUAUGGCACCAAGUGCGUCGCCUACGCCCGACACCUUCCUGACUGGCCAGAAACAAGCGCGUCCGGUACCAACACCAGCAAUGCCCUCGCCUGCCAGCAACUAUUUGUACAUGGAGGCGACGCUCUACAUUCGUAAUCUGACCUUGGGGGAGUUUACCAGCCUCUACAGCGAACAGCUGAAACGGUGGAUGGCAAAUAGCACAAACGGCAUACUCGAUGCCUCGCAGUUCUAUCUGACGAACUUGUACGCAGGUUCCGUAUACGCUACCUAUACCGCAAUUGUUCCUCGCGGGGUUGAAGCGGAGAACGCGACGCAGGGUCUCCAGAACUACGUCAAUUCCGGUGCCAUGAGCGGGACAGCUGGUGUACCGAUUACACUCGUUGGCGGGACUGUUGAAACGCUGGGUGUCGCACCAACGACCAGCACGCUCCAGGGGCCAGGUUCGGGCACCGGAGGUGCUCCGCCCUGGGUCAUCGCGGUGGCAACUGUGCUACCUGUGCUGGGCGCUUGUCUGCUGGGCAGCGGCGUUGGUGUCUGGUACCUGCGUCAGCGACGCCGCGAACGCGAAAAGGCCGCCAACGCCAAGCCUGCCAGCGACACCGACGUGGAACGAGCCUCGGGUCGGAGUCGAUCCAGUGAGGAGCUCUUCCGACCCGAGCCUGUCCCCAUGGACGAAGAUAUCGCCAAUGAUUCCGAAACGGGUGAUACGACGCCAACGAUUGCGGAUUCACAGCAACAGCAACAACAGGCGAAUACGGUCACGAGCGCCCUGGGAACACCACAACAGCGACGAGGUGCCGGUGGUGGUGAUGGCGGUGGUGCCGGUGGCAGUAGUGGCAGCCUCCGGGGUCCAUCGUCGCCAGCCUGGGCCCCCGUUCUAGUCGGUCAUCGAUGUACACAGCCUGAUCCUGAGCAGUCGCUCGUGAGCGCUCGUCGUCGCUGGUGUAUUGACGAGUCCGAGCUGCAGAUUCUGGAACAUAUUGGGGCGGGGGGCUUUGGCUCGGUGCAUCGAGCGCUCUGGCGAGGCACCGAGGUCGCAGUGAAACGCUCGCUUCUCGAUCGAGCGCUGUCCGCGGAGGAACUCGACGAGUUUCUCGCCGAAUGCGACAUCAUGGCAAACCUGCGUCACCCGUGCAUCGUGCAGUUCUUCGGUGCUGUGGUAGCACCACCGAACCUCUGCAUCGUUAUCGAGUUGAUGCCGCGUGGGAGCCUCUUUGACCUGCUGCACACGCCUGCAGACCCGUCGCGCCGCGUGCGGCUACCCUGGCGUCGGCGCCUAGCCAUGAUGCAGGACGCUGCUCGUGGCAUGACGUAUCUUCACGCUUGCCAUCCACCGAUCAUCCAUCGGGAUCUCAAGUCCAUGAACUGCCUCGUUAGCGAGAACUGGCGGGUGAAAAUCUCGGACUUUGGGCUCUCCCGUGCGAAACAUCGAACGUUUCUCACGAGUCGCAUUGCCGGAGGCACGCCCGAAUGGACCGCUCCCGAAGUCAUUCGUAACGAACCGCACAACGAGAAGUGCGACGUGUAUUCUUUUGGUGUGGUCGCCUGGGAGGUGAUCACCAGACGCAUUCCGUUUGCUGGUCUACAGCCGAUGCAGGUGCUGGUGGCGGUGGCUUUUCAAGGACUUUGCCUGAGUAUGCCGCUGGUGCCUGCCGGCAAGCAGCACGAGGAUAAGCGCGCGUAUGUACAGCUCGUGAAUCGUUGUCUACAGGAGCAGCCACAGAAGCGACCCUCGAUGGCAGAGGUGUACCAGGAACUGGUGCGUAUUGAUCGGGAACUGCGGCUGCGACUGGAAUCGGCGGGUACGCCUCAGUAUCCACCAGGGCGAAACGCGACGGUAUCGCCAACCACAGGCACGACUGCACUGGAGCAUUGUUCCGCAGCGGGUAUCGCGGAUGCCGGCUCUGCGGACCCGAGUGCGCUCACCGGAACGGAGACGACGACAACGACAACAGGGCGUACCGCGCUUGUGCGCAGGUACUCGCCACCGCUCUCCCUGGCGCCACUGGACAUGUCGAAACUGCCACCCGCUCUCUGA